GUAGUGUAUAUUUAUGAAUAAUUGUGUUAACAAAUAGGUACGUGUGUUGCAACAUUGUUGUUUUGCAGCAUCAAUAGGGCGAAGAGCCAUGAGGUCACGUUCAUGAGCACAACAUUGAUGACGUAGGUACACCCUCCAGUUUAGCUGUAGCAGGUGGAUGUUGACAUGAAUAGUAAAAUCAUUAGCUAGCUAGAUAUGUAUUUUUUCUUAUGGCUGUGACGACCUGUAUUGCCCGAGAAGAAAUGUAUAUCAUUUUGUUUUAUUUGCAGUACAUUUUGUGGUCUCUUCGGGAAGAAGUCACUGAUUAGCCUAGUUAGAUAGCUAGCACGUUAGCUGUCAAUUGGUAAAUCGUGCAACGGCAUGGGUCAACUGCUGUCAGAAAUGAGCUCAAUAUAAACUUUUGUGCCUAUUUUAUUCCAAGCAUUUAUUUACAGAACAUGCCACUAUAUAGGUAGCAGCUAUCGUUUCUUUAUUUGCAUGCAGUGUAAGUUAGCUAGCUAGCACAAAAAUGUGUUAAUUAAAGAAAUGUAGGCGAGUCGACAAGGCAGGACCAUGACAUUAUCAGAGUCCCUCAGUUUUAGCCUAAUCCUCCUGGCCUCGUACCCAUCAGAGGGACACUCAUCUCCUACUCCUUCCCCAAGAGAUGUCUUCCCAGGCUUCUCUCCGACCUGCGGUGGUCCUGUCACUGGUUCUGGUUGUGUGGGCUCUGACAGGGCUGACCCAUGCCCAGCCCAAGGCUUCUGUCCUGGACUUCUCAGCCAGCCUGGGUAACCUCCUCCCAAGCCUCAGCCGACCAGCCAACUCCAGCCAGAUCUUCUAUGGGGUAAUGUUUGACGCUGGCAGCACUGGCACACGCAUCCACGUCUAUACCUUCAUACAGAAAGACCCUGAGGAGUUACCAGUGCUGGAUAAUGAGAUGUUCCAUUCCAUCAAGCCUGGUCUGUCAGCAUACGCAGACAUGCCUGAAAUGGGUGGGUACACAGUGAGGCAGCUUCUGAAAGUGGCUAAGAAAACCGUCCCCCGGCUGGAAUGGAAGAGAACCCCGCUGGUCUUGAAAGCUACAGCAGGACUCAGGCUGCUGCCCUCAGAGAAAGCCCAGGCUCUACUGGAACAGGUGCAGGAUGUUUUUAAUGAAUCUCCCUUCUUCGUCCCAGACGAUAGCGUCAGCAUAAUGAAUGGUACAAAUGAAGGAAUCUUGGCGUGGGUUACUGUGAACUUUUUGACAGGUCACCUGUAUGCUGAGACCAGGAAGACAGUGGGGAUUCUGGAUCUGGGGGGAGGAUCGACUCAAAUCACUUUUCUUCCUAAAUCCAAGAAAACCAUUGGAAGUUCUCCUGAUGACUACAUUGCCAGAAUUGACAUGUUCAACUCGACAUAUGAACUCUACACUCACAGCUACCUGGGUAAUGGACUGAUGGCAGCUAGACUGGCAGCCCUAGGAGCACUGGGGGCAGACGGGUUAGAGUGGAGAGUGUUCAAAAGCUCCUGCCUGCCUAAGAAGUUCAGAGAGGAGUGGAGCUUUGGAGGACUCACCUACAUAGUCAGUGGGAAACCUGAUGGUUAUGUGGGAUACAAGCUGUGUUACCAGGAAGUGCUGAAGGUGGUAAAGGGCAUAGUUCACCAGCCCUAUGAGUUGAAAGACACCAGUGUGUUCUACGCUUUCUCCUAUUACUUUGACCGAGCCGUGGAUGCAGGCCUUAUUGACAGGACCCAAGGAGGAAUGCUGGAGGUCAGGGACUUAAAGAAGAGAGCUAAAGAGGUGUGUAACAAGAUGUCUAAGUACCGUCCGAUCAACCCCUUCCUGUGUAUGGACAUGACCUAUAUCACCUGUCUGCUCAAAGACGGCUUUGGCUUCAAGGAGAACACUGUACUGCAGCUGACUAAGAAAGUCAACAACGUGGAGACAAGCUGGGCUUUAGGUGCCACGUUCAACCACUUCCAGAACCUAAAGAUCCACAGAUAGACAAGGAGCCACGGGUCUGGGUGGGCAGGAGGGGAAAACCACUGGAUUAGAUGGUGCUCAAAAAUAAAUGGACUGAGGAAUUAUUGUUGUUUUAAACAUAAACAGCCUUUGUUCCUGCCUUGUUGUGGAUUGUAAUGUCUUAAAAAUAUGCCUUGCAUCUUUGACUUACUAUUUGACUAUGAAGAUUUGACAUUUCUGAGAUAACAUUACAAUUGUUACAACUAUUUUUGUUACCCAACACCUAAAUGGUUGGUCCUAUAGUUCAGUAGGUCUGUUGUUUUCAUGUGACUGGUUGCUAUAGCACAGUGGUCUCAUAUUAUUUACAUCUCUAUUAAAGCACUGGGGGCUGUCGCUGACUGAAAUGCCACUAUAGUUGUGUUACUGUAUAAAAAGGUGGAUAUUUUGACCGUCUGUUUAAUAUCACUUGGGUGUGAUCUUUAUUUUCAUUAAAAAAAUAAACUGGUAUGAGAGUGUGCUUUG